CAAAGCGCUCGCUGCUGCGCAAACUACUGCACAACUGAACGUAUCUCUCCGAACAGUUGAUAAGUAUAAUUGUCCAGGCAGAGCUGAGCCUCCGAAGGUCUCUUUCACUUCUCCGGAAACAUCCACGAUGCUCUGCUGGAGGCUCUGAAGUCUCUGCGCUGAGUCGGACCAGUUUUGGAGUCUCUAUCGGUGCGCUUCGGUUUGGACACACGAUCUGCUGGACUGGUGGCAUCGGUUCCUUAAAAUUUAACUUUGCUGGUGUGUUUUGUACGCGGAGGAUUGUUGUUUUGAAGUGCAUUUGGAGCCGUUUUACUUUGCAUUUUGUGUGUGUGGGGGUCGCUAUUGAUAUGUAGGAAAGCGCGCGUAUGGGGCAGAUAUGCUUUGGCACCGUGGAAGUUUAUCCUCCUACACUCCCAUCUUUGCAUUUUGAUUGUUAAACUUUAACAAAGGGUUGAAACGACGGGGAGAAAUGGCCAACGAGAGGAAACCGCGGCUUUGCAUCAUGGCAAAAGGGGACAACGGGUAUGGAUUUCACUUGCAUGGCGAGAAAGGCAAGAGCGGGCAGUUCAUCCGCAAAGUGGAGGCUGGAUCCCCCGCAGAAGCGUCGGGGCUGCGCGCCGGGGACAGAGUGGUGGCGGUGAACGGAGUUAAUGUGGAGAAAGAGACGCACCACCAGGUGGUCCAGCGGAUCAAAGCCGUGGACCAUGAGACCCGGCUGCUGGUGGUCGACCAGGAGACCCAUGAAAGUCUUCGCAGCCUUCGCCUCACAGCCACAGAGGAGAUGGCCAUCGUGGGGACGGGGCCUCUUCCUCCUUCCUCUUCCUCACCCCCGGCCUCACCCUCCCCUGCACCGUCCUCCACCCCAUCGUCCCCCAUAAAGAAGCGGGAGAACGGCUCGGUGUCCAAGCAGCCCGUCGCUCUGAGUGGUCAGGUCCAGAAACCCACCAGGAGGUCGCCGUCAAAGGCUGCUAAGAAGGAGGCCGUCACCCCGGUAGAAACUAACAUCCAGGCCCCCGUCUCUGAACUCGUCCCACGUCUCUGCCACCUGGUCCGGUCUGAGACGGGCUACGGCUUCAACCUCCACAGCGAGCGCUCGAGGCCCGGACAGUACAUCCGAUCCCUGGAUCCCGGAUCACCUGCAGACCACGCCGGGCUCCGACCACAAGACAGACUCAUCGAGGUAAAUGGUGUGAACAUCGAGGGCAUGCGGCAUGCGGAGGUGGUGGCCUUCAUAAAGAAAGGCGGAGAUGAGACCUGGCUGCUGGUGGUGGAUCCAGAAACAGACGAACACUUCAAGAGGAGGGGAACGAUCCCGACAGUCAACCAUCUCAAAGACUACGAUGGUCCCUCCAUAUCCAACGGCUCUCCCAGCCCUCAGAUCAACGGCAGCUCCACCACACAGUCCAUCCGCUCCACGCACUCCGACCUCAGCAGCCACGGCAACAGCACGCAGCUGGCCGACGACGAGGGCGGCCGGCUGGACCCGUUCGCUGAGAUGGGUUUGACUCUGAGCGCCACAGCGGCAGAAGAAAAGAUGAAGGUUCACGCCAAAGAAAAGAAGAAGGCGCCACAGAUGGACUGGAUGAAGAAAUACGAGCUUUUCAGCAAUUUCUGAGAUGUUCCCCUCUUUUCUGAGACACUUCAAAGACCAAAGGACGGAGCCCUGAGCGUGGACCACUUUGUGCUAUUGGAGAACGUCCCUCUUCAGACACAGAUUGUGCUUUUUUUUUUCUUGGAAGAAAGCAUAAAAAUCACCCACAUGGCAGAACAUAAUUUGUUGCUGGACUCAAGCGUGACAAAAAAAAGACUUGAGCAGCUCCUCUUCCUUCAGAGUAUGACACAAAGUGCUGAACGACUAAAAAACUGUGCUUAAAAUGCUAAAAAUCAAACUGUUCAGAAGGGAUAGUAUCUUAAAAAUGUACAUGAACUGCUGGGAACUCUGCAGACAAAUAUUCACAAAUUUGCCUCGAUCCCCGUCAAUAUAAUCCUUUAAUCAUCCCAUUCUCUCCUCUCAUAGAGACUCAUUUCCACAACUAUUUUUAUAUUUAAAAAUCAUUUAAAAAUAUAUAUAUAAAUAAACAGCAUCCCUUCAUCUUAGACUGCAUCUUAAAGAGUUUUAUGGACACUGUGACCAUAUUGAUUGUGGAUAUUGUGAGAGUUUUGGACCAGGAAGAUCACUGUGAAAGAGUUGAGACCUCCAGCAUUUAAUAAUAGCUGCUGACAGAAGAGGACGGCCGUUUAUCCCACAUGUAUUUGUACCUUUACAUUAACUGAGCUGCAUCAGAUCAUUAUUCAGAAGGAAUACUUGUUAUUUAAGUGUAUUACCACUAACCUCUUCUCACUAAGUGCUCCGGUGCAGACAUGCACAGCAACAGGGAGGCACCACUAACAUUAUUAUUAAACAGAAAUACAAGAAGGAAGUUUCCUUGGGAAAAAUGGCAUGAGGGACGAGGCUCGAUGUGUGCAGCAGAGGGCAAGCUUACGCUACGAACAGAAACCUCUUCUGGCACUAAACGUCAUCCAGACUUCAUUCAUCGUCUCAUAAUUUCCCAGAAACAAAGAUUAAGUCAGGUGAGGCUGGGAAAAGAAACUAGAGCAGGAGUGUCAAACUCCUCUUAGUUCAGGUUCCACACUCAGCUCAGUGUGAUCUGAAGUGAUCCGGACCAGUAAAAUCACAGCAGAAUAACCUAUAAAUAACCACAACUUCUAAUCUUUUCUUUGUUUUGGUGCAAGAAAGUACAUUCUGAAAAUGUUCACAUUUAAGGAAUUAUCAUUUUACAAAACAUCAUGAACAACCUGAAGUUUCUUCAGAAAAAGAAAUUCAAUUUCAACAACGUUCAGCCUCAGUUCAUCAUUUACACAUUACAACUUCCAGAUCACAGAGUGUCUACAAAGACACAAAACAUUUAGUCACAGCUAUCUGGAACUGAACGGUGUAGUAUUUUACUUUAUGAUCAAAAUAACAAAAGUCAAGACUAUAAAAGACAAAAAACAAAAACAAGACAAAAUGUAACAAAAUGAGAUACAAAACGACAAACGACACAAAAGACAAAAAGUUUUACACAAAAAAGUUAGAAAGUGACAAAAAAGUGGACAAACAACAAAAAUUAGACAAAAAAAUAACAAUUGAGAAACAAAACGACAAAAAAUAGACAAAAAACACAAGCAAGACAAAAAAGGAAACAAAAUGACAAAAACAUAAGACAAACAACAAAAAUCAGACAAAAAAAACGAAAGACAAAAUAUUACAAAAAUGUCUUUCAUUUUUACACUUUACAAAGUCGUCCCACGGGCCGGAUUGGACCCUCUGGAGGGCCGGUUUUGGCCCACGGGCCACAUGUUUGACACCCCUGCUCUAGAUAAUUAGAAGAUUUCUUCCCUGUGGUAUGAGGUGGCUGUGAAGAGAGGAGGAAAAGAGAGGCAGACUUUACUGUGACUUGAAUAGAUGUUGUUUAAGCGAAGGCAGAGAGCAUGUUGAGAAGGAAAAUGUCAGCCAACUUUCUGUGUAAUUAUCUUUCACAUUGUUGUAGCAAGAAUAUAGACACUACAGUUAAACCUUCACCACUCAUUUAUUAAUAACUGGAAGGGAUUAAAUCAGAACAUUUUAGACAAGCAAGUUUGCAGUUUUGGAAUAAAAUACAAAAGGAUAAAACUAGCUUUCUUGGCAGGUAAAAGUGUCCUGGAGGGAGGAAUAUUUGAGAACUACAGUCAUCUGCUUUCACUGCUGAGACAGACGUGAAGAUGGAUGAGAUUCUCAUGUCUGCACGGCAAACAUAAAGCGACCGGUAGCAACAGGUUAGCGUAGCUUAGCACGAAGAUAGUAAACAGGGAAACAGCUAGUCUUACUGUGUAAAAAAACGGAACAAAAUUCAACGACCAAGUUCUCUCAGGAUUUAUUAAAUAAUAUUUUUCCAUUUUAAUUAGUUUUGGAGACAAGACAUUUGAAGUGAUGGAAAGUAACACAAGUGUUGCAUUCAAGUACAGUUUAAAGUUAUUUGGAUCAUUCCAGAACUGGAGGACAUUUAAACAAUUAACCUUCUCUUUUACAGUUUUCUGCUCCAUAUUCAUCAAUAAUAGGUAUUCAUUGGCUCAGCUUCCACAUCAAUGGUAGCAUUUUUAUUCCAUGUUUUCUGUGUUGUUUGCUAACCCUACUCUAAUCACAGUAACAGGGUUGCUAAUCCAUGCUAAUGUGAUCUUUUUCUCAGCAGUAGAAGCUAGAUAUUUAGCUGCUGUUACUGCUGACCAAGAGGACAAACUGACUGAUGGAAAACAGUCCAAAGAAUUAGUCUGAUCCUGAUAAUAUGAGGUAGAGUGAGACAUUCAAUCAAGGCUGACAAUGGGAUGAAAAGAUGAAAAAUAGAAGAGAGGACAUAGCUUUGCUCUACACAUUCUUUAGGAAAACUGUUUGAUGAUGUAAAUGACAAAAACAAGACAAAAAAUGACAAAAACAAAACUAAAAACGACACAAAAUGACAGAAACAAGACAGAAAAUGACAAAAACAAGACAGAACAACAAAAACAUCAACAGGUUCUGCUAACAUGUUGUGGGACACGUUCCAUGUAUAAUAAUUGUUAUUUCAAAUAUUAUGUUGAUUAAAAAAAUGUUCCCACAAUUACAAGAGACGUCAAUGAAAAAAUAAAACCAACAAAAGGAGUUUUAAAUGUAAUUUUAACAGUUUUAUUUUAGAUUCAAUCUGAUCAUCAGGGGGGUGGAACAAGAGAAAAAUGGCAUUUUAGGGGGAACUUAUUUGGUAUUUUAAAAAUAUUUUCAAAUGUUCUUUUCUCCUAGUUUUCUUAGAUUUGGUCUCAGGACAAGAAUAUUUACACAACAACUGUAUGUUUUAGUUUUUUUUACAUGGAUUGUUUGAAAUUUGAUGGAUGGGAUAUAAAAUGUCCUCCAGUUCUGGAAUGACCCAUUACUUGACUACUUUACUCGAGUAUUUCUAUUUUCUGCAAAUUGUACGUGUUACUCCACUACAUUUACAGAUUUGGUUUAGCAACACAAAAAAUAAGCAAAAAAUUAUGUCAUUUUAUAGAUUAAGAUAAAAAUGUAUGGAUCCAGCAGAUGAACUAUAAUCCAACUAUUCCAAAGUAUGCCAUUCUGUAUAAACAGUACUUUAAAUUUGGUACCUCUGAGGAUAUUUUCAUGACUUCUACCUGUAAAACAGCAUUCCCACACUGGGAUAUUAGUGUUUCUACCUAAGAAUAAGAUGUGAGUCUUGCUUUUUUCCACCUUUCUCAGACGUUUUAACACCUAGAUGGUCCCUCCUGUUUCCAGUCUUUGUGCUGCGCUACGUUUGCUGUUUUCUCUUGCUAGCUUUCUAUUUAAAUCACAGACAUGAACACACCUUGUCAUAUAACGCCUGCACACAGCAGAGUAUUUACAGUAACGUCUAUUAUUUUUAAUUAAGAAGUGCCAGAAUGUGUCUGAAGCUAAAUGGCCUGCAGGGUUCUGCGAGCAGAGAGCAUGCUGGGAGUUUUUUCUGCAUUUUGGCGGGCUGCAGGGCGGAGAGGGAGGGAGUGUCGGAGUAGCCGGCUGAGGUCAGAGAUGCUCUGGAGGAUCUGGUGAAAGAGACUGUGGGAGCCAUGGAGCUUACGGAGGAUUAUUCCACAUGCAGGGACAGCUGUCGUACUCAUGCUCACACACGUCUGCUGCAGUGUGUGUUUAGACGGUGUACACGCCACCAUUCCAGCAGUGUUCACAUGAUGCAUUACAGGAAGACGAUUGGAGAACUUGUUUUUUUGUUGUUUUUUGUACUCGUUCACGCCCUCAGUCUCUGAACACUGUCGCUCUGUUUGUUCUGACAAUCACAGCACAACUCUCUCUGCUACUGUGGCUCCUGUAAAUACAGUAAAAGCAUACAGGUUGCAUUUUUCAAUAAAGUGUGACGAUGGCGUUUUUGAAUAUAUCA